AUGUCCACCUCGGCAGCAGUGGUCCAAUCGGGCAGCACCAGUGCCGCCGAUGAACACCAGAAGCCCGACGCCGUGCUCCACUUAGCGCAGCAAGUGGUCGCGAAAGCGUUGGAUCACGCAAAGAGCAAAAAACUGAAGGUCGCCGUUGCGGUGGUAGACCAAUCCGGCAGUCUUCUCUCCUUCUCCCGCCUCCCGACCGCGAUGCCGGCGGCCAGUGCCAUCGCGAUCGAAAAGGCCAAAACCGCGGUGGCAUUCCAGCGCGACACCAUGUUACUUGAGAAGGCGAGUAACUGCAGUGACGGCACCGCGCGGACGGCGCUGCUGUCGUCCGGAUUUGUGUUGAUGGGCGGCGGUGUGUUUGUGAAAAGCGGGCUGGGAAUCGGAGGCAUCGGGGUUUCCGGUGCGAAGCCGGAAGAGGAUCACGCGGUCGCGGAGGCGGGAGGGAAAAUCUUGACUGCUGCUGGAGCCUCAAAAUUGUGA